AAGAUCUGCGAUGACCCCCUCCGGAUUAACAAAACAACCCCAACUUGUUUCUCUCCGGCGAUCCCCCGCACAGCAUGAUCAACGAGUGCACGCAUCGUUACAUUGAGACAGCCAUGGGUCCCAUGAGACACUGGCGGGCCGCCAUGACGGCACACAAGAAGAGACGGCUGUCCUUGAUUCAGGGCCCAGGCUGCGCCAAGCGAGACCUUCCGAGCUUCACAUCACAGUUUGAACGAUGAAGUGUUUGACUUGGACGUACGCGCUUGCUGCUGCUGGACUGGCAGUUGCAGCAGCUUCUAUCGAUGAAUGCCCAGGCUACAAAGCUUCCAACAUCGUCGAGGGCGAUACUGGCCUCACGGCCGAUCUCACGCUCGCCGGCGAGGCGUGCAAUGCUUAUGGACUUGACCUCCAAGACCUCAAGCUCGUAGUCGAGUAUCAGACUGAAGAUCGCCUGCAUGUGGUCAUUCACGAUGCAGAUGAGCAGGUCUAUCAGGUCCCGGAGUCGUACAUCUCCCGACCAGAAAGUAGCAAGCAAAUGAAUGCGAAUGCCGCUCUGUCAUUUGAUCUCAAGCAAGACCCCUUUUCGUUCACAAUCCGGCGCAAAGGCUCAGGCGAGAUCCUGUUCGACACGAGCCGCCAGCCACUCGUCUUCGAGUCACAGUUCUUGCGUCUGCGAACGUCUUUGCCAGACAAUGCCAACCUCUACGGCUUAGGCGAGCAUUCUGAUCCUUUCCGUCUGCCGACCCAAGACUACACGCGGACACUCUGGAACGGCGAGUCGCCCUUUAUACCUCGCGGCUCCAAUCUUUAUGGAAGCCACCCCAUGUACCUCGAGCACCGGACAACGGGCAGCCAUGGCGUCUUCUUUCUCAACUCGAACGGCAUGGACAUCAAAAUCAACACGACGGCCGAAGACGGCACGUUUCUCGAGUACAACACGCUCGGCGGUAUCCUGGACCUGUACUUUCUGGCCGGCGACUCCCCAAAAAAUGUCAGCAAGCAGUAUGCCGAGGUAGUCGGUCUCCCUGCCAUGAUGCCCUACUGGUCUUUGGGAUUCCACCAGGCAAAGUAUGGCUAUUGGGAUGUAAACUAUCUCGCCGAGGUCGUGGCCAACUACAGCGCGGCGGGGAUCCCUCUGGAGGUCAUCUGGGCAGACAUUGACUACAUGGACCUGCGAAAGAACUUUGUCACGGAUCCUGUGAAUUUUCCCAUGGACAAGAUGCGAGAGCUUGUCGACACGCUCCACGAUCGACAUCAAAGCUUCAUCAUGAUGCUCGACCCCGGGACCAGCACCAACACAAGUUAUGACCCGUACAUUCGUGGCCUCGAAGCUGACGCCUUCCUGUUGGCGGACGAUGGCUCUCCCUACCGAGGCGUCCAGUGGGCCGGAGAGGUCGUCUGGCCUGAUUACACUUCACCAGAGGGCGUGGACUGGUGGGUCAAUGAGAUGGACAUCUUCUUUGACCCCGACACAGGUCUCGACGUGGACGGGCUCUGGAACGACAUGAACGAGGCAUCCAACUUCUGCCCAGACACCACCUGCGAUCCCAAGAAGCACGCAGACGACACGAACACGCCUCCUGACCCUCCCUUCCCAGGUCGACCAAACACGGGGCGGCCCAUCCCUGGGUUUCCCGACAGCUUCCAGCCCAACAGCACGGCCCUGCGCACUCGAGCCAGCGGGGACAAAAAAGGUCUACCGGGCAGAGACCUGCUCAAUCCAGAGUACCGAAUCAACAAUCACCUUGGCGACAUUAGCGACAAUACCAUCUGGACAAACAUCACCAACCACGAUGGGACCUCGCAGUACGACACGCACAACAUGUACGGCCUCUCCAUGGUCAAGGCGACCCGCGCGGGCCUCAUCAAGCGCCGUCCCUCGUCUCGCCCCUUUGUCCUCACCCGCUCAACCUUUUCCUCCUCGAGCGCUUACGCCGCCCACUGGUUCGGCGACAACAACUCGACCUGGUCAGACUAUCGCGUCAGCAUCCCCCAGAUGCUCGGCUUCACCGCCGUCCUCAACCACCCCAUGGUCGGCUCGGACGUGUGCGGGUUUAACGGCAAGGCGGAGGAGGCCAUGUGCGCGCGCUGGGCUAUGCUGGGCGCCUUUAUGCCCUUUUACCGCAACCACGCCGACAUUAGCAGUGACUUUCAAGAGUUCUAUCAAUGGCCGAGCGUCGCCGCCGCCGCUAAAAGGGCAAUCGACGCCCGGUACCAUCUGCUCGACUACAUCUACACGGCACUAUACAGGGCGAGCGCCACGGGUGUCCCGAGUGUCAACCCGCUCUUCUUUGUGUAUCCAGAAGACGAGGGUACCUGGGCUAUUGACACGCAGUUCUUUUUGGGGGAGAGCAUCCUUGUCAGCCCUGUCACGAACGACGACUCGCAGACGGUGAACUUUUAUCUCCCCAACGAUGUGUUUUAUGACUUUUGGACGGGAGACAAGAUCGAGGGGAGCGGGGCGGUAGUUGAGCGAACAGGUGUAGCGUGGGAUGACAUUCCGGUGCAUAUCCGCGGGGGAAGCAUCAUUCCCAUGCGGUCAGAGUCUGCCAACACGACGACGGAUCUGCGUGGUAAUGACUUCACUCUGCUCGUGGCGCCGGGCAGAGACGGCAAGGCUCGGGGGAGCUUGUACCUCGACGACGGGGAGACGAUGGAUACGGGGGGCGAGGAAACGAGUGAUAUUACGUUUGAGUGGGAUGGAGUCGGGGUCAGAUCCACGGGGCGCUUUGGAUACAAGAGUAGACGGGUCGUGGAGAAGAUUGUCGUCCUGGCUGAUGAGGAUGACGAGGUGGUGGGUUCGUGGAGCCUAGAUAGGGAGUUUGAUGUCGAGAUUCGCGAUCGAGGUGAGGAGAUAUAGAGCAGUCCGCUGACCUGACCUCGUGGUGCUUGCGACUUCAUGUAAAGCUUGAAAACUGUCAUGCUUCAGGAUAGCCUAUACCGCUUAGAGAGCUGUUAGGGAAGGGGUACUCUUGCGAGGCUGCUCCCGGUCUCGUGUAAGAUCCGCCAUUGCGCGAGCAUGGACGUCAAAGCUGAGCUUCGUCGAUGCAAGCGACCGUAGUGACCAUGUCUUGCCCGAAUUAUGCAUGU